AUGCAGGCAUUUGAAAAGCUGUUGCCAUAUAAACAAAUUGAAGAAACAUGGGAUAUGAAAAAACAAAAUUUAAGUCAUGAGUUGAAUCGAUUUUUUGCUUUUUGCUGUCCUUCUAAAGUAUUCAACUUCGUACGCGAAAGAGGUCCAUGCCCACAUCGACUUAAGAGAGUGAAAUGUGUAACGAAAAUAAACAAAAUCGAGGGUGGAUGGUAA